UUCUCUCCAACCUCUCCCAAUUCCACUCACACACACACAACAAAAUAGUGUGCUCUCAAAUCUCAAUCCACAUAACUAUUGAAAGUUCAAACCUUAAACAAAAAAAAACCAAAAAAAAAAAAAAGAAAAAAAAAACCCUCAUAUCAUUCCCCAUUUAUAUAGAGAGCAUCUUUCCCAAUAUAUAUAUUCUCCAUAUAAUUGAAACCUUAAACUCAAUAAUUUAUUUAUAAUAUAAAUAUUUAAUUUAAUCCAAAAAAAUCAAGAAUGCCAUUCUUGCAUUCUUCCACCCAUAUGGAAAGCCCCGCCCUACUAUCCCUUCUCCGCCACACCACCACCAAGAAAUCGUCAUCAAAAUCCGGCUCCGGUGGCGGCGGCGGCGGCGGAGGAGGAGGUCUCUUCCGCAUGUUCAAACUCUUCCCCAUGCUGACAACCGGAUGCAAGAUGGUGGCCCUGCUCGGGACCCGACACCGGAAACCGCUCCUGGCCGACAAGGCCACCACCGGAACCCUAUUCGGCCACCGCAAAGGGAGGCUCAGCCUGGCCAUACAGGAGGACCCGCACCGGCCGCCGCUCUUCGUGAUCGAGCUCCCCGUCCUGGCGGCGGCGCUCCACCGCGAGAUGGCCUCCGACGUGCUGAGGAUCGCCCUGGAGACCGACACGAAGACGCAGAAGAAGAAGCUUCUGGAAGAGUACGUGUGGGCGGUGUACUGCAACGGCCGGAAAAUGGGGUACUCGAUCAGGAGGAAGAACAUGACGGAGGACGAGCUCCACGUCAUGCAGCUUCUCCGGGGGGUUUCCAUGGGCGCCGGAGUUCUGCCGGGAUUGUCGCCGGAGAAGGACGCCGCCGCCGAUGGAGAGAUGACGUACAUAAGGGCGAGAUUCGAGAGGAUUAUGGGGUCAAAGGAUUCCGAGUCGUUUUACAUGAUCAAUCCGGAUGGUGCUUCCGGCCAAGAACUUAGUAUCUUCUUUCUCAGAGUUCGUUGAAUAAUGGAUCGAGUGUGCUAUAUAAAUAAUUUAUGUGGAUUUUUUGCUAAUUUAUUUAUCAUAUGGGUUUUUUUGCUAUUUUGAGAU